AAUUAAUAAAACAAACAAUAUGUUAACAAAAAUUUUAUUUUUAAGUGCUUUAUAUAGUAUAACGUUGGCUGAAAAUAGCGAACCAUUGUUUGCAUUUGAGGAUUGCGGUGGCACUCAUCUAAAAUUCAAUAACAUAUCAAUCAAACCGUUACCAAUAAAAUUGAGCAAAACUGACAAAAUUUAUUUGACGGCAAAUGUUGAUGUCAUGAAAGACUUGCCAUUGGAUGCCAUAUCGGACUUACAAUUGACAAAACUGGUAGAUGUAGGCAACGAUACGAUGCCGAUAGACAUUCCCUGUUUGAAUGACAUGGGGUCGUGUAAGCUGCCGGUGUGUGACCUGUUUGCCAAAUGGUAUAAUAGUGUCAUUUGUCCAUUUUUCACGCGCGCACACGUGCCGUGUGAAUGUCCCGUACGGAAGACACACUUUGAGGGACAGGACAUACAAGUGGAGGUGCCGUUUGAUAAAAUCAAAGGAAUGAUCGCUUAUUUAGCUUCGGGUCAAUACAAAGUCGAGUACCGAAUCACUGAUGGACUGAAAAAAGUAAACUAUUCUUGUCUUCACAUCAGAGCCUACGUUGACGUCGAGAAACAGUAAUUUAAUUCAAUACUAACACUACUUUAUCUCUAUUGUUAAAAACAAAUCAAAA